UCUGAAUCGAAAAGCAACAAUGACAGAAGAAGAAGACUGCAAUUGUGUCCUUGGACCUCCUGGCCAGCGUGGCCCAGCAGGACUCACGGGAGAAAAAGGAAAUGCAGGAUCACCAGGAGCUGUUGGCAAGCCUGGUACAACAGGGGAUCCUGGUCUUCCUGGAUUACAGGGGGAGAAAGGUGAAUAUGGCUCACCAGGCCCAAGAGGAGUGUCUGGUAUGAAGGGAGACAGAGGAGAUCCAGGCUCUCCAGGACCACUGGGCCAGAUGGGUGAGCCAGGACAUCGCGGAGAAGUUGGUUCUAAGGGGGAUCCAGGGCUGCCAGGAGAAGCAGGCCUAGUGGGACCUCAGGGGGAGAAAGGCUUGCAAGGACCACCAGGAAUAAACGGAGCACCGGGUGACUGUGGUGAUGCGGGGGUUAAUGCUCGUCUUGCUUCACCAAGCCAGAAGGGCUCCACAGGGGAACCAGGUUUACCAGGACUACCAGGUCCUCCUGGGUAUCCGGGGUACAAAGGGCACAAGGGGGAGUUGGGAGAGCCAGGCCCAAAAGGAAAUGAGGGGGAGCGAGGCAGAGAUGGAGAGCCGGGGACUGACGGCGUACCCGGCCAAGUGGGACCCAGAGGACGGGAAGGAGAGAAAGGAUGGAAAGGCGACGAGGGUCUUAGGGGGCUGGAUGGCAAUAAAGGAGAUAUGGGCCACGUGGGCCACAUGGGUGCUGUUGGUCCCCGGGGAGUUUCUGGCCUGGAUGGGUUGCCAGGUCAACCAGGUCAGCCUGGAUAUCCUGGAAAGCCAGGCAGGUCGCCCUCAGAUGAACAUCUUACCAGACUCUGCACUGAUAUCCUUCGUGUUCAACUCCCUGCACUGCUCCGGUCCAUGGACUCUUCAGCCAGGUGUGAACCGUGCCAAAAUGCGAAAGGACUCCCUGGUGAGCCAGGAGCACCGGGGCCUAAAGGCUCCUUGGGAAUUCCAGGUCACCCCGGCAGGACUGGCACUCCAGGAUACCCAGGAACCCCUGGACAGCGAGGUUCUCCGGGCCUCAAAGGUGACGCCGGGCUGAGAGGGAUCAAAGGCAGCAAAGGAGAAGGUCAUCAGGGACGUCCGGGACCACCCGGACCGCUAGGGUCUCGAGGUCCUUCUGGCUUCGAUGGACUCGGCCAGCCAGGAAACCAGGGAAUUCCCGGGGAAACGGGAGCCCCCGGAGACCCGGGUAAAAGGGGUAACCCGGGGACACCGGGGAUAUGUGACUUAUCCAUGUGCUAUCAGACCUACAACCUCAGGGAACAUUACAGCAAAGGACCCAAUGUCUGACGACACAGUCCAUGGACACAGCUGAUACCAGCUCUCACAUCCACGACCCAGCCAAAGAUGAUUUACUGUAUCACUGAUUCAUGUGUGGAUCUUGACUCCUGCAGAAGCACUGCAGCACUGGGGUAACCUCAAACUCAACAUGAUUCAUAGUUAUGAAGUUCAUGGUCGUAACAACGGCUGAGAUUCCGGGUUCUACUUGUAGUGGGUCACUUGACUAACAAUGGUUCUGGUUGCCAUAGAAACAGAGUAGCAUCAAUAUAAUAACUUAUUUACGUUGGUUUUGUGUUCCUACAAAAAUAAUCUGUUGAUGACUAUAAGGACUACGGUAAAACAGUUUUUUUUAAUUAAAUAUAUGUACUUCUACUACAUUAAAAACGAAUUACACUACAUUUUUUUUUAGAUGGAUCGUAUUACCCAGAUUUUUCAUUGGAAAAAAACGCAUGAAGAUAGGUACUGAUAAUUAUUAUUCGCAGGAAUGCAAAAUAAUUUUCUCUUCAAGUCAUUACGAAUAACUUCCGGCUUCUCACGACUGACAAUUUAUUUAAAUCUUUUUAAAAUGUAGAUUUAGCUUUGAGGCUAGCUUUGCGACGUCUUAACAACAGGCGUCUUCAAAGGCUUUCAAAACACUGUUGGUUGAUAAGGUUCGAUGUGUUGAAGGGUGAUGUUUUUUGGUGUAAAUAGUACGCAAAAAGUGUUCGCCGGAAACAGUGAAGAAGUACCACACGAUCGACGCAGCACGUGUAAUCUUGCCUCCUUGGGGUGUUGUUGAUUUUUUAAUCGAUAAUCAGUGCUAUUUCUUUUGACAUGAUCUGAUUAUCUGACAAUGUCAUAAUUCCUCAUAUCUGUGUGAUAUUUAUCGUCUACACCUAAUUAUUGGAAUUACAGUGCGCCCUAAUCACAGGUCGAUAAGUAUCUCGUUUUUAAGGUCACAGUUUUAGGUACACUGAAGGAACAAAAAUGUAAAUUAUAUGACUAAAAAAAAGAGACAAAAUAUAUUGAAAUAAUAAUAUGUUGAUUUAUUAAUUAAAUUAUUUAUAACAAAAGUGCCCAUACAGAAAAACGGAAGCUGUAAAAUGAAGAUGCUAAACGCAGGCCGGUGUAUGUCAUCAUAUUCAAAACUAACUGAAUAAAACAAUUUAGUUUGGUGUUAUAGCUGAACAAAUUACAAACCCCA